AUGAAAAAAGGUAAUUCCCCUAUAAAUAUAAUUAGAUAAACUUUACACUCAAGUUAUUUUGAACCCUGUUGUAAUUUCAAAUAAACCUUAAAUUCUAUUAUAUAUUAAUGAUUUAACUGAAGAACCAUUUAUUCUAUAACUCUAAUAAUAUUUAAAAAAUAGUGAUGAUAUUAUACAAACAAUUUCAUAGAAAAUCAAAGAACCUUUAAAUUGUACAUUGUCAAUGUUGGAAUUAGUCUAAGUAAUAUAAUAUCUUUCAAUAUAAUUAUAGAAAGAAGUUAGUCAAGAUUUAUAAACUAAAUAUAUUGAUCCAGCAUUGGCAGGUUGUAAACUAUUAAUUAGUACAGCAAAUGAUAUAUAGGAUUAUGUCACAAUGCAUAAAAAAAAUAAAUUAGAUAAAAAUUUAAUGGAUAUCCAUACUCGAGAAUUCGUUUCAGAUUGUUUAAACAUAAUAAAAGCUUAAGCUUUAUUUAGAGGACUUAAUAUAUAAGUACAUAUUAAAUAGAAUGUUCCAAUGUUUUUAAGAACUGAUCCAAAUAGAGUUAGAUAAGUUGUGUUAAGUUUGUUAAGUAAUAAUUUGUCUAUUCAUAAAAUAUAGUAAAAUCAAUUUAAGUCACUGUCAAUGGUAGCAUUGAAAUUUCAUGUUAAAAAUCUCCAUUAUUAGCAGAUCAUAUAGAAAUUAUAAUAAAAGUUAUGGCUAUUAAUAUAAAUGAAGGAAUUUUAGAUAACAUUGAACAAACCAUCAAACAUUUAAAAUAAUAGACUUUAGUUAGUAAAUAAGUGACAGAUAUUGUUGCAACAUCAAAAUAAUAUUCUUUUUCUAUUCUUACAGCAUUUUAUAUUUCUAUGGCUGUUGCUAUUAUGCCUUUUGAAUUUAAUUCAAUAAGGACAGAAGAGGGUACAUAAUUUUAUUUUAUUUUAUUAAUAAAAAAUGAGAAUCCAAAUUUCAAUAAGCAAUUAACAUAAAAAAGAUAAUCUGCAUUAAUUGCAAAUAAAUCUUAAUUUCAUUAAAAUUUUGGUUAAAGUAGCUAAUUUAAAAGACAUUAAUCAUAAAGAUUAACAGAAAUUAGUAGAAUUUAAGUGUAAGAGAAACUUAAAAAAAUGAAAAGAGAAUCUUAAGAAGAAACUAUAUCAGGUAAAAUGGAUACUUAAAUACCAUAAUUUGGAUAAUCAGAAUUAUCUGAUAAUUAAUAACCUUGUAAAUCUUACUCUGUAUCUUAAAUCUCAGAAUAGGACGAUUCAUAACAAAGUUCAUCAUCAGAUUCAAAGGAUGAAAUGAAUAAAGCUGAAUGUGAUGGUGAUAUAUAAUCUAGCAAAUCAAGUCUUUAAAUAAACGAUAAAAUAGAGAAAAUAGAUAAACAAUAAAAACCUUCUUAAUUUCUUGAUACUAUCAUUCGUGUUAAAGAACCAAAAGCAAGAAAGGUUUCAGUUAAUUUUAUCUAAUCAAGACUAAGUCCUUAAGUAUCUUAAUAACUUAAAUCUAAAUAAAGAGAUUCAUUACUUACCUUUGGAGGACGAUCAUCUGUAUAUUCUUCAAUGAGAAUUUCUUCAGUAAAUUUAGGUCCAAAUGAAUUAUUAGAUUGUUUUGAAAAGAUGGAAAGAAUAAAAUAAUAGUAAUUUAUAUAUAAAUGUCAAGUAAUAAUAUUAAUUCAAUUUUAUUUAGUGUCCAAAGAUAUUAAUUUGUGAAUAGAAUGAUUUUGAUUUAUAUGCUAUAUCCCAUUAAUUAAGUAAUCUAAAAAUACCUUACAUAUAUACAAUGUAGAGAAUGCAUAUUGUAGAUUAAUUAAAGAAACAAUUUUCAUAAUUUAAAACUUGUUGUAAGGGAUAUCAUAUAAUUUUUCUUGGAGUUGAGUUUGUAAAUGAAUAAUUUAGUACAGAUUGUGCUAACAUUAAGGCUGUACUAUAAGAAUAUUAAAAAGAUACAAGACUUAUAGGAUUGAUUGGAUUUUAAGAUGAAGAUAGUAAAGUAGCAAUAAAAAAGUUACCAUUUCAUGAUUGUUUAUAAAAACCUAUAAUGAUUGAUGCUUUAUUAUUCAUUUUAGCUAAAUGGGUCAAAUUGUGA